AUGGAGGUAAUUCAAAACGACGUUUCCGCGAACGAAGCUGUUCGGAAAUCCGCCAAACGAACGCACGAACUCUUUGGCUCCGAUUACCUCUUUCCCGCCACGCCCAUAUCAUCAGAAUCUAUCGGUGUCUCAUAUCGACGGAAAAGGGAAUACGGGGAUGUACAAACGUUGCCUCCAUCGUUAGCAGAGAAGCAGGCAAAAGCGGCCACGGCACGAGGGAAGCGCACCAAAAUAAAACCAGAGCCAGGAACUUCAACUGCCUUGGUGAAGAGCUCUGCUCCUACUGGUACACAAUCAAGUGGAGAUGGCGCUCCUACAAGCCUUAUAAAAAGGCUGGAUAUCUCCCAGCAACCAAAGCCGGAUUGGCAUGCGCCAUGGAAGUUGAUGCGAGUGAUUUCGGGACACCUAGGAUGGGUUCGAAGUCUUGCGGUAGAACCUAACAAUCAAUGGUUUGCUAGUGGUGCAGGCGAUCGGACCAUAAAGAUUUGGGAUUUGGCUACUGGAACUUUACGGCUUACCUUAACCGGCCAUAUAUCUACGGUUAGAGGCCUGGCGGUUUCUCCAAGGCACCCAUACCUAUUCUCGUGUGGAGAAGACAAGAUGGUGAAAUGCUGGGAUCUCGAAACGAACAAAGUUAUUCGACAUUAUCACGGACACCUCAGUGGUGUCUAUACUCUUUCCUUACAUCCUACCCUGGGUAUACUGGUGACAGGAGGCAGAGAUGGUGUGGCGCGUGUCUGGGAUAUGCGUACUCGAAGCAACAUACAUGUCCUCAGCGGCCACAAAGGCACAGUCUCGGACGUAAAAUGUCAAGAAGCGGAUCCUCAGGUUAUUUCUUCGUCCCUCGAUGCAACAGUGCGAUUAUGGGACUUGGCUGCUGGCAAAACAAUGGGCGUUCUCACGCACCACAAGAAAGGAGUUAGAGCGCUCGCUAUACACCCGAAGGAGUUCACUUUUGCAAGCGCCAGUGCCGGGAGCAUAAAGCAGUGGAAAUGCCCAGAAGGUGCAUUCAUGCAAAACUUCGAAGGCCAGAAUGCCAUUAUCAACACUCUCGCCGUCAACGAGGAUAUGUCCUUGUCUCUGGUGGCGAUACGGCUCCAUUCUCUAGACACAAUUGCGCAGCCGGGUUCUUUGGAUGCCGAAGCAGGCAUCAUGGCUUCUACGUUUGAUAAGACGGGCCUGCGAUUAAUUUGCGGAGAGGCUGAUAAGACGAUAAAGAUCUGGAAACCUGAUGAUGAAGCUACGCCCGAGACACAUCCGUUAGACUGGAAACCAACUCUCGGGAGAAAGAGGUAUUAG